CAGUAUGCUUCCCAUUCCCUUUUUUCUUCUUCCUCGUAAACAUAGCCACAGUCUGCUCCCAAAAGCAAAAUGCCAAUUUCAUGUUUGAAGGGUUUAAAGACGCCCACCCCAACAUAAGCCUCGGUGGUUCCUCUACCAUAACAUCAAAAGGAGCACUAGAGCUCACUAAUUCCUCCAAAUACCUCAUCGGCCACGCCUUCUAUUCGUCCCCAGUUCACCUCUUCCUUAACCGAUCUUCUUCUGUGAACGCUAGCAGUACUACUGUCUCUUCUUUUAGCACCACUUUUGUUUUCACGAUUGUCCCAAAAGACCCGGAAACUGGCGGUGGCCAUGGCAUAGCCUUCAUAUUAGCCCCAUCAAAGCAACUCCGUGGAUCUCGCUUCGGCCAAUAUCUCGGUAUCUUUGGUCGAGAAAACAAUGGUAACUCCUCAAACCAUAUUCUCGCGGUUGAGUUCGAUACUGUUCAAGGGUUUGGUGUUUUUAACGACAUAAAUAGUAAUCACGUCGGCAUCGACAUCAAUGGCCUGAAGUCCAUAGCAUCACAACCAGCUUCCUAUGAUGUUGGAAACACCCAUCACAGGGAUACAGUGAAAUUGGAGAGUGGAAAACCAAUUCAGGCAUGGAUACAAUACGAUGGUGCUACCAAGCUCAUUAAUGUGACCAUAUCGCCUCUUUUUGUUCCAAAACCAACCAAACCUCUCUUGUCUAUUCAUCUGGGCAAUCUAUCUCAUGUUCUAAGGGAUCCCAUGUAUGUAGGCUUCUCUUCGGCGACCGGGAAGCUCUCGAGCGCACAUUAUAUACUUGGAUGGAGCUUUCGAGUUAAUGAAAUUGCGCAGUCACUAAAUCCUGCUCGUCUUCCUUCUCCUCCGACAGAGAUAGAUUCUUCCAAAGCAAAAACAGCGCACUUCAUUGGGAUAGGAGUGGCAUCUUCUGCUGCGACCAUAGUCCUGUUAGUAUUACUCGUGUUUGCAUACUUGUGCCAUUUACGGAGUGCAAAGUACAAAGACAAUUUAGAGGAUUGGGAACAAGAGUUCUCUCAUAGGUUCCCAUACAAGGAUUUAUUCACAGCCACCAAAGGGUUCAAAGACAGCGAAAUCCUCGGUUCAGGAGGCUUCGGUGUUGUCUACAAGGGAGUCUUGCCAGCUACAAAAGAAGAUGUCGCAAUUAAAAGAAUCUCCCACAAUUCAAAACAAGGAAUCCGAGAAUUCGCAGCUGAAAUAGAGAGCUUGGGGCGAAUGCGGCACAGGCACCUGAUCCGUCUCCAUGGAUGGUGCAGGCGCAAGGACGAGCUCCUUUUAGUCUACGACUUCAUGUCCAAUGGAAGCCUCGAUGGUGUCCUCUUCAACGACGAAAGGUGCAGAGUCCUAGAUUGGAAGCAGCGGUUAAUGAUCUUGCGGGGUAUCGCUUCUUCGUUGUUGUACCUACACGAGGAAUGGGAGCAAGUGGUUGUCCACAGAGAUGUCAAGGCCAACAAUGUGCUAUUAGAUGACUCCAUGGAAGGAAGACUCGGAGACUUCGGGCUCGCAAGGCUAUACGAGCACGGGAAGAACCCUGGCACAACGAACGUUGUGGGAACGUUGGGGUACAUAGCCCCGGAGCUUGCACGCACGGGCAAAGCCACGACGAGUUGUGAUGUGUUCUCUUAUGGGGCUUUGCUGUUGGAGGUGGCGUGUGGGAGGAGGUCCAUCGAGCCGAGUGCACUGUUAGAAAGGGUGUUGCUGGCGGAGUGGGUGAGGCGUUGUUGGGAGGAAGGUGAGAUUCUUGCGGCGGCAGAUACUAGGCUUGGGAAUAUGUAUGUGGUUGAGGAAAUGGAAAUGGUGCUGAAGCUUGGUCUGGUUUGUUCUCAGAAGGCGCCAGAAAAGAGGCCAAGUGUGAGGCAGGUGAUGAGAUAUCUUGACCAUAGCGACGUGUUGCCCGGCGAUGUUUUGCCGGGAAUUCUUGAUGUUGGUGGGAGUAGAGUGCUAGAGGGGUCGUCUACCUCGUCCGUUGGUUUUAGUGGUGUCAAUUUGGAUUCAUUAGGAAGUGGUAGAAGCUGACGGUUGCA